UAAACAUUCAAGUCUUUAACAAUCAUGUAAAAUUUUCCAGUUAAUUUUGGUUUUAUCAAGAAAACUCAAGAUAAAUUUUAAAUAUUACAAAUACUUGUUUGGAACUCAAGACAGGCUCAAGAUUAUUGAAGCAAAAUUUUAAAAUGUGAAGACAUCACUAUACUUUAUAAAUAUUAUUCCUCAGAAGAACUUAUUAGGGAAAAAUAAAAAAAUGGCGCAAGCUCAGAGCAGCCAGUUAUCAUUGUAUGUCAAACAACUUCUUCAUCUGCUUGGUUCACUUGAAACCAUUCUGAACUCUGACCCACAAGGCAAUAAGCUAGAAACUGAGAGGUCCUUGGCACCUGUACCAACCAAGAGUUGCCAGUUACCAUCAUCAGAUAGAAUCCCACUACCGAAACCAUUCGAUUCAUGGGUAUCACCUCCUGAUGGCGAGUGGAUUAUAAAUCAUACAGGGCAUGCAGUCUUAGUUCCUUUCCUAAAAAGUCCACUUUAUGGGACAUGGUUUAUGAACUCUUCAGGCAACCCAGAAUUUUUACCCGAUGGAAGACAACUUCUUCCCCUUCCUCAGGGAGGAAAAUGGACCAUCUCAUCUAGUGGAAGGCCUGAGUGGGUUGUUACACAAAACCCUACAAUUACAACUGAAGAACAAACCACUCCCCCUCCUGGCGAGUGGAUUAUAAAUCAUACAGGUUAUGCAAUCUUAGUUCCUUUCCAAAAAAUGAGGCUUUUUGGGACAUGGUUUAUGAACACUUCAGGCAAACCAGAAUUUUUACCCGAUGGAAAAAUAUUUCCUUCACUUCCUCAGGGAGGAAAAUGGACCAUCUCAUCUAGUGGAAGGCCUGAGUGGGUUGUUACACAAAACCCUACAUGUACAACUGAAGAACAAACCACUCCCCCUCCUGGCGAGUGGACUAUAAAUCAUACAGGGUAUGCAAUCUUAGUUCCUUUCCAAAAAAUGAGGCUUUUUGGGACAUGGUUUAUGAACACUUCAGGCAAACCAGAAUUUUUACCCGAUGGAAAAAUAUUUCCUUCACUCCCUCAGGGAGGAAAAUGGACCAUCUCAUCUAGUGGAAGGCCUGAGUGGGUUGUUACACAAAACCCUACAUGUACAACUGAAAAACAAACCACUCCCCCUCCUGGCGAGUGGACUAUAAAUCAUACAGGGUAUGCAAUCUUAGUUCCUUUCCAAAAAAUGAGGCUUUUUGGGACAUGGUUUAUGAACACUUCAGGCAAACCAGAAUUUUUACCCGAUGGAAAAAUAUUUCCUUCACUUCCUCAGGGAGGAAAAUGGACCAUCUCAUCUAGUGGAAGGCCUGAGUGGGUUGUUACACAAAACCCUACAUGUACAACUGAAGAACAAACCACUCCCCCUCCUGGCGAGUGGACUAUAAAUCAUACAGGGUAUGCAAUCUUAGUUCCUUUCCAAAAAAUGAGGCUUUUUGGGACAUGGUUUAUGAACACUUCAGGCAAACCAGAAUUUAUACCCGAUGGAAAAAUAUUUCCUUCACUUCCUCAGGGAGGAAAAUGGACCAUCUCAUCUAGUGGAAGGCCUGAGUGGGUGGUUACACAAAACCCUACAAUUACAACUGAAGAACAAACCACUCCCCCUCCUGGCGAGUGGACUAUAAAUCAUACAGGGUAUGCAAUCUUAGUUCCUUUCCAAAAAAUGAGGCUUUUUGGACAUGGUUUAUGA